GCACGUUGUUCGUUUGUUCGCCGUUCGCGUUUUUGCCGACGCGUUUUCGAAUGUGAAAAAAUGUGCGCCCAGCAUUAGUUGAUGUGAAAUUAAACGCUGAAUUUUAGACAAUGCCGCAACGCACGCCAAGUCCCGUAGAAAUGAUUGCAACGCGCAGUUGCAGCAGUCCGGCCGUAUCCGAGAUCUCUGUGGGCUCGCCGAGUCCACCGCCGCCGACGAUGAGGCCGCUCAACAUAAAACGCUUGCGAAUGCUUCGCAGUCCGGCGACAAUUCAAAGUGUUCGCAAAUGCAGCCAAUUUGGGGCAGGUGAACGCAUCAAAAGCUUUUCCAUAGCCGACAUUUUGGGCUGUGGCGAUGAUCGGAAGACGGCGGCGACACCAGCUGAAGCUCCAACUGAAGGUCCAACUCCAGCUCCAGUUGCAGCCGCAGCUUCAGCUCCAUCUGUGCUGCUGCAGGAGCGUCUACAGGUGCCCAUAACAGUCUCGCAGGCGGCGCCCUUGCUGCAUGCCGGAUUACAUCCGUUUUUGCCGCCCGGCCUGCUCCAUAGCUAUGAGCAGCGCUUGGCAUGGGACUAUCAGAGGCAGCUGCAGGAGCACUUUCAGGCGCAGCUGUUGCGCCAGAUGAGCAUGGAUCCCGCCCGAAUACCGAUACCCUCCGAGGAUGGCAGCUCGGAGCGUUCACAGCGCUCGAGCAGCAGCAAUGGCAGCACCGAUUGCUGCCCCCUCGAUGAAGCCAAUAAAACAAACAAACCAGCAGCCUCAAGUGAUCCCAGCCAGAAAGCAGGCGUGGCAGCAGUGGGAGCAGCAACCGCGGGCGGAGAUACACCACUCGAUGCACUGUUCCAGCUAUCCACCAAAAACUUUGAUGAGGAGCAGGAUCCCUCCACGCUGAACAUCUUUGCGACGAGAUCCAAUCCAAAGAAGAAGCGCAAGUCGCGCACUGCAUUUACAAAUCAGCAGAUCUUUGAGCUGGAAAAGCGUUUUCUCUAUCAGAAAUAUCUGUCGCCAGCGGAUCGCGAUGAGAUCGCCCUCGGCUUGGGUUUGUCCAAUGCGCAGGUGAUCACCUGGUUCCAGAAUCGUCGGGCCAAACUCAAGCGGGACAUGGAGGAGCUGAAAAAGGAUGUGCAGAGCGUGAACAAAUUACCCGACCAGUCAGCAGAUCCCACGCGAUGCAGGACCACCCACCAAAACCAAUCGAAUCUGAGUAACAACCACAACUCCAACUCCAACGCCAACUCCAGCAGCAGUCGGGACAAGGAAGAUCUGCGCAUGCUGAAGAUGAUGACCCUAAUGCGUUACUCGGAUGGCAAACUGCUCUACAAUCCACAGCCGGAAUUGGGCCACUAAUCAAAGUGAUGAAAUUUAAUCCAACUUCUCCCCAACACACACACACACACACUCACACACACACACACACACACACGUGAAUAGCCCAAUUUGUAAAUUGUUCUGAUUAUGAUAUGAAAAUUCACGCACACACACACACACCCACACACACACGCGACUUCUAAAUUGCCAAAAAAUGAAAACGCAAAACAAUUUUCUUUUUUUAUAAUGAUUUUUCCUAAUUGUAGUAUUAAAUUUCGCAUAAUUUGCUUGUGAUUCGUGUCUAUAAUACAUAUAUAUACAU